AUGGGUGAAAAUAAACAAAGGAAAGAUACAGGUAGUCGUUUCCAUAUCCAUCGUAGAGCUCUUGGGUGGAUGCAAAAGAUAUACUACAGAUACUCUGUGGAGACGGGAAUCUGUGUUUUGGAAUGGUGGGAGUCUGUUCUUGUCAACAUUUACUUUUUAUUGCUGCUGUCUUCGCUAAUCAAACAGAUAGUAAGAAUAGGAAUUUAUUUAGCCGAUACAUUGAUGAAGUGGCAUUUCCUGGGUAGACCUUAG